CUGCUCUACUGUAUAUAGAAAGAAAAGAUAGAAGAUAGAAGAUAGAUAUGAGGACCGGGCUGUGGCGCAGGCUGGAAAGCAAGCCAGCUGCAACAAAUCAAGAAAUCACUCUGACCAAGAGGUCAUGAGUUCGAGGCCAUCCCGGUGCCUGCGUCUUGUCUCUGUCUCUGUUCUAUGUCAUGGCAUUGAAUGUUUGCCUUUAUGUGUGUAAUGUGAUCCGCCCUGAGUCCUCUUUGGGGUGAGAAAGAAGGGCGGAAUAUAAAUGCUGUAAAUAAAUAAAAUAAACAAAUAUGAGAGACAGGCAGUGUUGGGCUUGGAAGAGUAGAAAAGGCCAAGGUUUCCCUCUGUGCAAGGGCUUGUGAGAAGAAAGCAAGGCUGGCACUUGUUUGCAAUCAGGAGGCGGAGGGGCGUGGCCGUGGGCGGAGGGGGCGUGCCACAAACCCGGCCUCCUAUCCAAUCGCUCCCCGUGCGCGCCUGGCCCCGCCCCGCCCGCCUGGGCCCCGCCCCCUGCGCGCUGCUCCCGCCGCCGCUCUCCUCGCCUAGCCUAGCCUUGCCUUGGCGCAGUCAGCCGGCAUGCCUCUCUGAAAGCCUCCGCCGCCUUUCGGGGGACUCGCCGAGGAGCAUGAAAGUUGACUACUUCAGCCAAGUCGCCUUCCGCCUCUCCGACUAUGCUGAAAGAACUCUAUGCACUGACGCAACCUCAGGAAACCCCAAGAUGGCUGCCAAGCGCAAAGGUGGCCUGAAGCUCAACGCCAUCUGUGCCAAGCUCAGCCGCCAGGUCGUGGUCGACCACAAGGGAGCCGAGCAGGUCCAUGCCGACAAGGGCCGCGAGGGCGUCCCCAAGGAGGUUGCCCAGGCCGGGGCCAAGGAGCCCGAGGGGGCCGGCCGCGUGCAGAAGAUCGAGGAGGACAAGCGGAGGGAGGUGAUUGAGAAGUGGGUCAAUGGGGAGUACAGCGAAGACGCCUUGCUGGGGCGCGUGGAGAGCAAGGAGCCCAAGAGCUCUGAAGGGGCCGAGGUGCCCCCCGAGGGCGUCUACAUGGUGCAGCCCAAGGGUUGCAGCGACGAAGAGGACAACGGGGACGAGGCCGAGCCACCCAAGGGCUCCCAGGAGGGCAGUUUCCCGGACGAACGGGAUCCGGAGGUGCCUCCGUCCAAGGAGGAAGCCUUCCGGGGCCCCAGCGGUGAAGCCGGACCCAAGCUGAUCGGAGCAGCUACCUCAGGGGAGGCCUCGUCUCUGCGGGACUACGCCGCCACCACCAUGACCGAGUUCCUGGGCAUGUUUGGCUAUGACGACCAGAACAUGCGGGACGAGCUGGCUCGCAAGAUUAGCUUUGAUAAGCUGAACGCCACUACCUCAGAUGCCGCCGUUGCCGUUGUUGCCUCCUCCCUUGCGGGCGAGGACGCCGUGGCCAAGAGAGCCCGUUUUUCCAAGUACGAGGAAUACAUCCGCAAGUUGAAGGCAGGGGAACAAGUGCCCUGGCCCAUCCAUCCAGGCAAGAGCGAAGAGCUGACCAGCAAGCUAGGCAAGGAAGCUCCCAUGGGCUUGAAGCAGCCCAUCCGCUUGCCGGCCCCCGACAUCUCGCUCUUGCCAGAGACGAAAGCCACCAUCUUGCCUCUGCCCUCCCCCAGCAGCUCCCAGAUGCAAGGGCUGAUGUCGCGGGCAUCCAAGUACGACUUCUUCAUCCAAAAGCUGAAGACUGGCGAAAGCCUCCGCCCGCAGAAUGGCAACACCUACAAGAAGACCUCCAAGUAUGACUUGGAGAACGUCAAGUACUUGCACCUCUUCAAGCCGGGCGAAGGCAACCAGGACAUGGGAGGGGCCAUUGCCUUCAAGACGGGGAAGGUGGGCCGUCCUUCCAAGUACGACGUUCGGAACAUCCAAAAGCUCACCCCGGUCAAGCCUCCGGCCCCCAGCUUGGUCCCCACCCCGCUUACCACUACCCCCAGCAGCACUCCAGUGGCCGGACCCGAACAGCCCGUCGCGCUGUCCUUCAACACUCCAGAGUACCUGAAAUCCACUUUCUCCAAGACAGACUCCAUCACAACUGGAACAGUUUCUACUGUUAAGAACGGAUUAACCACUGACAAACCAGCUGUCACCGAAGAUGUAAAUAUUUACCAGAAAUAUAUUGCCAGGUUUUCCGGAAGCCAGCACUGCGGACACAUGCACUGUGCAUACCAAUACCGUGAACAUUACCACUGCCUUGACCCAGAGUGUAAUUAUCAGAGAUUCACAAGUAAGCAAGAUGUGAUCCGGCAUUACAACAUGCACAAGAAGCGGGACAAUUCCCUUCAGCAUGGCUUCAUGCGCUUCAGCCCCCUGGACGACUGCAGCGUUUACUAUCAUGGCUGCCACCUGAAUGGGAAAAGCACACACUACCACUGCAUGCAGGUGGGCUGCAACAAAGUCUAUACCAGCACUUCCGAUGUCAUGACCCACGAAAACUUCCACAAGAAGAACACGCAGCUCAUUAAUGACGGGUUCCAACGGUUCCGAGCCACAGAAGACUGUGGCACCGUGGAUUGCCAGUUCUACGGGCAGAAGACCACCCACUUCCAUUGCAGGCGGCCCGGUUGCACGUUCACUUUCAAGAACAAGUGCGACAUUGAGAAGCACAAGAGCUACCACAUCAAGGACGACGCCUACGCCAAGGACGGCUUCAAGAAGUUCUACAAGUACGAGGAGUGCAAAUACGAGGGCUGCGUCUACAGCAAGGCCACCAACCACUUCCACUGCAUCCGGCCGGGCUGCGGCUUCACCUUCACCUCCACCAGCCAGAUGACCUCCCACAAGCGCAAGCACGAGCGCCGGCACAUCCGCAGCUCCGGCGUCCUGGGUCUGCCCACCUCUUUCCUGGGAGCCAAGGAGAACGAUCAGGAGGAGUCCAGCAAUGACGACCUCAUUGACUUCUCCGCCAUGAGCUCCAAGAACUCCAGUCUGAGUGCCUCCCCCACCAGUCAACAGUCUUCCGUCUCCUUGAUCGUCCCCGGCACGCCGUCAUCGGCGGCGGAGCUGGCCGCCUCGCAACCCUCCAACAAACCCGUCAACAGCGUCUCCUCGGCUUCCAAGAUCUCCAGCCUGCUCUCGCAAACCCUCCCGAGCAACAUCCCCUUGGCCCUGGCCCUCUCCAACGCGGCCCUUCCCGGAACGGCGGGGUCUUAUUUCCCCAUCCUGCCCAGUCGGGUCUCCACCCCACUGCCCGCCACCUCCGCGAGCUUGAUCGCCGCGGGUGCUUCAAGCGCCAACCCAUCUUCCUCUGCCAGCUCCCCUUCCCAGGCCGUCUCAGGUUCCGGCGAAGCGGGAGCCACCUCUUCGCCGACUCCAGCGGCUUCCAUAAUGGAACGGAUCUCUGCCAGCAAAGGCUUGAUCUCACCCAUGAUGGCCAGGCUGGCGGCAGCGGCGUUGAAGCCCUCUGUGGCUGCGGAGGCAGGGAAUGGGCAGCCAACUCCUGGGCGGUUUAACCCGACUCAGAUUAAACAGGAGACGGCGGAGAAUCCUGGUCCCACGACCCAGGAAUCCUUGCAGGAACACAGCCUGGACCUGAGCGUGAAGGAUCACGGUAAUGAAUCAAAUGGCCACACAGUCUCGGCAAAUACAUCUCUUUUAUCCUCGCUUAUGAAUAAGAUGUCCCAGAGCAAUCCCAACCUGGGGAACCUCCUUGCCUUGAAGGUGGAGGCGGAUGGCAGCCAGGCUGGAGGAGACACGACGCAAUACCUGGGCAAGAGCGUGAAGGCUCUCGUUCAAGAGAAGCUCUCUGAGCCCUGGAAGAUGUACCUGCGCAGGUUCGGAACCAAGGAUUUCUGUGACGCCCAGUGCGACUUCCUUCAUAAAGUGCAUUUCCACUGCGUGGUGGAAGAAUGUGGGGCCCUCUUCAGCACCUUGGAUGGAGCCAUCAAGCACGCCAAUUUCCACUUCAGGACGGAUGGCGGUGCCGUGAAAGGGGCCCCGGACCUCUCCUUCCCGUCCUCUGCGGAAACCAAGGCUUCCUUGGGCCCUUCCUCUCCGCCCGCGUCUUCCGCUGCUGCUCUGGCCAACGCCUCCGGCCCGGAUCUUCCCGCCCUGAACCCGGUGACGGUCCCCUCGGCUCCCACCCUCCUGGCCUGGAAACAACUGUCUUCCGCCAUGUCCCAGCUCCCCGCGUCAGUGCCUAACCUGGCCACCUCCCCUCUGGCGACAACUUCCCUCGAGAACGCCAAGCCUCAGGUCAAACCCGGGUUUCUCCAGUUCCAGGAAAAUGAUCCCUGUUUGGCAACAGAUUGCAAGUAUGCCAACAAAUUCCACUUCCACUGUCUCUUUGGGAACUGCAAGUAUGUGUGCAAAACCUCCGGGAAAGCAGAGUCCCACUGCCUCGACCACAUCAACCCCAACAACAACCUGGUGAAUGUCCGAGACCAGUUCGCAUACUACUCCCUGCAGUGUCUCUGCCCAAACCAGCACUGUGAAUUCCGAAUGCGAGGGCAUUACCACUGUCUCCGUCCUGGCUGCUUUUUUGUGACCAACAUCACCACCAAGCUCCCCUGGCAUGUGAAGAAGCACGAGAAGGCCGAGAGGAGAGCCGCCAAUGGCUUCAAGUACUUCACCAAGCGGGAAGAGUGCGGCAGGCUUGGUUGCAAGUACAACCAAGUCAACAGCCAUUUCCACUGCAUCCGCGAGGGCUGCCAGUUCUCCUUCUUGCUGAAGCACCAGAUGACAUCCCAUGCCCGGAAACACAUGCGGAGGAUGCUGGGGAAGAACUUCGACCGCGUUCCCACUCAGGUUAUUGGACAUGCUCCUAGGAGUGAUAAUCUUCAGCAAGUUGGCAGCAUGGCGCCCAGCCCAGCGUCUUCAGGGACCCCUGCUUCCUUUCAGGGACCCCAAAGCAUGAUGGACACGGAGACGGACGAGUACAUCGACUACACAGGCUGCAGCCCUGGCGGCAUCUCCUCGGAGUCCUCCAACAUGGACCGCAGCUGCUCCAGCACGCCGGUGGGCAACGAAAGCACGUCGGCAGGCUGCCUGGCUGCUCCUCCUCCUCUUCCUCCUGCUCCUGCCGCCGCUGGGGAUGACGUUGCCCACAAUGCACCACAGCCACCACCUCUGCCUCCAUCUUUCUCACAGGCCCUACUCAGGGCCCCCCUCCCUUCCCUCCCGUACCUCUUCUCUCCAUCUUGUGUCUCAUACUCUCUGCUCAGUGCCACGCUGGGAUCCAGCCGGGGCAUUGUCUUGCCCACGGCCAGCUCAACGGGGUUCUCACCCGUCCUUGCCACUCCAACUCCAGUCAAAAGCGACGUCCCUCUAGUUCAGGACGCGGCAGGGAACACCAUCACGAUGCCGACGGCCGCGGGGGCCAAGAAGCGCUUCUGGAUCAUCGAGGACAUGUCGCCCUUCGGCAAGCGGCGCAAGACGGCCUCCUCCCGCAAGAUGCUGGACGAAGGGAUGAUGCUGGAGGGCUUCCGGCGGUACGACCUCUACGAGGACUGCAAGGACACCAGCUGCCAGUUCUCCCUGAAGGUCACCCACUACCACUGCACCCGGGAGAACUGUGGCUACAAGUUCUGCGGCCGCACCCACAUGUACAAGCACGCCCAGCACCACGACCGGGUGGACAACCUGGUCUUGGACGACUUCAAGCGCUUCAAGUCCUCCCUCAGCUGCAACUUCCCCGACUGCCAGUUCUCGGGCAACAGCACCCACUUCCACUGCCUGCGCUGCGGUUUCCGCUGCACCGACAGCACCAAGGUGACCGCUCACCGCAAGCACCACGGCAAGCAGGACGUCAUCAGCGCCGCCGGCUUCUGCCAGUUCAGCUCCAGCGUGGACUGCGAGGUGCCGGAUUGCAAGUACAAGCUCAAGUGCUCCCACUUCCACUGCACUUACCCCGGGUGCAAGCACACGGUGGUGGGCAUGUCCCAGAUGGACUCGCACAAGCGCAAACACGAGAAGCAGGAGCGCGGAGAGCUGCCGGCCAUCUCUCCGGGCCCCGAGGGACUCUCGCACGCCACCCUGGAGUACGAGGCGGGACAGACUCCGUCCGUCAACCUGGACAGCUCCCUCAACCUCAGCACCGACGCAAACAGUUCCCUCUUCUUCCUGCAGAACGCGGCCGGGGUGGGGCUCAACGACUCCUUGGACCUCAGUCAGAAGCAGCCGGAGGCAGAAGGCGACAACGUGUCUCCCGGCACCGGAGAAGGAGCAGCCCCUUCGGAGACGGAGCAGCUCCCGGCCGGCUGUGGCAACGUGGAGGACGAGGACGAUUCCUCUCACGACGAGGACGACGAAGAGGAAAUGAAUGAUGACGACGAGGAAGACGACGACGAUGACGACGAUGAGGACGACGAGGAAGAGGAGGAUCUGAAUACAGAUUCCGACGAAUCGCUUCCCGACACUGCUAAAGACAUUCGGGAACUCGGAGAGGCGGCUCCGCUUCCUGCAGACCACGGCGAUGCUUCCAGGCCACCCGGCGAGCAAGUCCCGGAGGAGGCCUCCCCUUAACAGACAGACCGCAGCAGGGUUUGGGUGUUUUUUAAAUAAUAAUAAUAAUGAUAAUGAUAACAAAAAAAACUGAUUUACUGAGAGGACUCCUAUUACAGGAGGUCAGAACAAACGCUAGGACGGCAAGCGGCAAAACAAAACCUGUCCAACUCCAGCCCAGAAAGUGCACAAGAGAAGAGAGGAGCGUCGUGAAUCCUCGGACCACGUAAAAAAGGAAAAGGUGGAGAGAGGGGAGCGAGGCAGAGGGACCCACCUGUUGGGACGCACAUGUUUACAGGGUGGCAGACAGCGAAAAGUUGUAUAUUAUGCAGAUGGGCUAGGCCGUGGAGGAGCGAGCCCUCUUCUCAUGGCUGGAUGUGCUUAGGGCAAGUGUUCCCCCUCUGCCUCCCCAGACCUCUUCAUGAGGGGAGGGCGAGCUCUGGUCCCCCCCCCCCCUUAUUUUAUUUUAUUUGAUUGUUUUGUCCUUUUAACACUCCUCCCAUUCUCAGGGAGAGGGGCAGCUAGGACCCAAUGGUGAAUUAUAUUAUUAGGGAUGAUCACAGUGCUGAUGACGGUUAUGAAGUGCAUAUAUAUAUAUAUAUAUAUAUAUAUAUAUAUAUAUAUAUAUGAGGGCUAUCCACAAAGUAGGUUACGUCUUGGAUUUUAAAAAGGAGAAAUCAUUUACCAUAUGCAGCUGAAAGGCACAUUCCAAUACUAUAAUCUCACGUAAUCCCCACUGAAAUCUAGGCACAUUUCAUAUAGAUAAAUGAGUUUGAAAAGGUCUGCCCCAGUAAAUUUGCCACCUCUCUCCUCCGUUUCCAACAAUUGGCUACGCUGCAGGAAGGGAGAAGGGGGAAGAGCUGAGGACACAAGCAGGGAAUUUACUGGUGCAGUACUUUUCAAACUCAUUUAUCUAUUUGAAACGUGCCUAAAUUUCAAUGGAGAUUACAUGAGAUGGUAGUAUUGGAAUGUGUCUUUCAGCUGCAUAUGGUAAAUGAUUUAUCCUAUACUUUGUCCUUUUUAAAAUCCAAAACGUAACCUACUUUGUGGAUAGCCCUCGUAUAUAUAUAUGUAUAUGUGCGCAAAUAAGGGUUUGAUCUAUUUAACCCACAAGCUAAGUCCUUUGCCAUCUGUGGGAAAUGGGGUGAGGGUCGGGUGCCAGUAUCAUUCAUACUUUUACGAGGGCUAUCCAGAAAGUAGAUUACAUUUUGGAAUUAAAAAUGAACAAAGUACAGGAGAAAACGUUUACCAUAUGCAGUUGAAAGCCUCACCCAAAUACCACAUCUCACGUAGUCGCCAUUCAAAUCUAGGCACUUACCAUAGCGAUGAAUGAGCUUGGCAACUCCUUCCCCACUAAACUCUGCCGCUUGCGUCCUCAAAAAGUAUAGGAGAAAACGUUUACCACAUGCAGUUGAAAGCUACACCCAAAUACCACAUCUCACGUAGUCGCCAUUCAAAUCUAGGCACUUACCAUAGCGAUCAAAGAGUUUGGCAACUCUUUCUCCACUAAACUCUGCCGCUUGUGUCCUCAACCACUUGUUUCCAACAAUGGGGGCGUGGCUGGCAACGCAGCGUUUUGGUGACGUUUUGGAAGGAGUGACCAGCUGGUUGAGGACACAAGCGGCAGAGUUUAGUGGAUAAGGAGUUGUAAAGCUCAUUCAUCGUUAUGGUAACUGCCUAGAUUUGAAUGGCGACUACGUGAGAUGUGGUAUUUGGGUGUGGCUUUCAACUGCAUAUGGUAAAUGUUUUCUCCUGUACUUUGUUCAUUUUAAAUUCCAAAACGUAAUCUACUUUCUGGAUAGCCCACGUAAUUUUGCAUUUUUCCUUUCUCCUAUAUCGAAUGAACAGGAGGAAUGGGGGUCUCAGGCAGCUUGGGAUGGUUGGGGAAGGGGUAUUUAUUGUCAGUUUUUGAGGGUUUGUUUUGUUUUUUUGGUAAAAAAUAAACAGAAGCAUUAAUGAAUUGAAUGAACAGGGCUAGGAAGAGAAGACAGUUUUCCCCCCUUAUCUUCCAGGUCCUUUUUGUUAUUAAAUAAUAAAGAACGUAUUAAUAUUACAGUGCUCCCGCCUGAGUGGGGCAGUAGUUGCUCUGGCCGGUGGCAACGGUGGCUGCAAGUGUGCAAGGGGUGGCAGGGGAAAGACCCUUCGGUUGUGACCUAGCCCAGGGCUUCUUAAACAUUUCCACUCGGGACCGUUCUUGGCCCAAGAAAUAUUCUCAUGAACCCAGGUAUUGAGGUACCGUUUCCCCAAAAAUAAGACAUACUCAUAAAAUAAGUCGUAACAGGAUUUCUAAGCAUUCGCGCAAUAUAAGCCAUACCACGAAAAUAAGACAUGGUGAUAGGCGAGAUAGGGAGAGAAACCGACAAUGCUGAGUAAAACAGCAGCCACAGCUUUACUUCUUCCUCCUGAGGAGAAAGUAGUCUCCUCAGUGAAGUGAGAAGCAGGACGUUCUGCUUUAGGUAUUGUGUGUCCUCAGGGGAAAGAAGUAAAGCUGUGGCUUCAGCACCGUGGGUUUCUCUCCCCCAGAAAUGGCUAGCAAUAGUCUGUGGGUCUCUCUCACCCCCCACAAACACCAGUAAAGUUGCUGCUCCCCAGCACUGACCAGCAACAGUCUGUGGGUCUCACACCACACAAACACCAGAGGAUUGGCUCUGCUACUGAGCCCAGAGAGAUCAUCCUAUAAAUACAGACAGUUGUACCAUAUGUUGUCGAAGGCUUUCAUGGCCGGGAUUGUCAGGGUGGUGUGCAUGCUGGGCUAGGUAGUUGAAUCGAUCAUCUGUCACCAUGGUGAGUCAGUUUCUCUUCUCUGCUCACCCGAAGGACCACUUUCUGCAGCAGCAAAGUGGCACCAACAAAACUACAGCUGAGUUGUUAAUUUACACACUAACAGGGAUCACAGGGUUGUUAUAUGUUUUCCGGGCUGUAUGGCCGUGUUCCAGAAGUAUUCUCUCUUGACGUUUUGCCCACAUCUGUGGCAGGCAUCCUCAGAGGUUGUGAGGUCCGUAGGUCCAUUGACGCAGGGACUACAAAUACAUAACACUCACGGGCGCUUAACUCUGUGAUGCGAUAUAGGAUUCCAGCCAGCCUUCCCAUAUACAUAUACCUCACAACCUCUGAGGAUGCCUCCUAUAGAUGUGGGCGAAACGUCAGGAGAGAAUCCUUCUGGAACAUGGCCAUACAUCCCGGAAAACAUACAACAACCCACAUCUGUUGUGCUCCCUGACUUUCCUUCUGACCCCUCAACCUCUGAGGAUGCCUGCCAUAGAUGUGGCCGAAUCGUCAGGAAAGAAUACUUCUGGAACAUGGCCAGACAGCCCGGAAAACAUACAACCCAGUUGUACCAUACUUAAUAAAAAGUAAGACACCCCCUGAAAAUACGCCAUAUUUUCUUGGGGGAAAAAUAAAUAUAAGACAGUGUCUUAUUUUCGGGGAAACGCGGUAAAUAAAAGAGACAUAAAAACAAAACAUAUGCCAGUAACAAAAAAGCAUCUGAAAGACUUGCUCCACAGUCUUGAUUUUCAGCCGAGUCCACUGAAAACACUGCGCCACAGAUUAGUGUCAAUGCCUAAAACAGUCACUAGGUGACGUUCAAGAAAUUUAACGGAACCCCAACAUUGAACAUGGGGUCAGGACCAACAUUGAGCAUUUGGGGUCAGGACCUACAAAUUAAGAAGCCCUGAUCUAGGCCACCCAAGGCCCCCAAAACCCUGCUGUUUGAGUUCUGGGCUACUGCACCAUUCUCUUCCUAUACUUGCACCCCUGAAUGUUGUACCUCGCUUUAGGAAAGCCAGAUCUCAGGAAGGCUGGUAUUGGGUUGGGGGUCAUGAGUAAAGUGAUGGCUCUUUUAGAAGUUGGGAGCACACUCAGAUCUACUUCCAUUGGAUGGUCUAAGGCAGGUUCUCCCUUCUCCCAGAAGCCCUCACCAGCUUCUCCAAUUCUAGGCGCUGACGUCCAAAACACUGGUCUAAGGUCUCUUUGCCAGACCAGACGGGUUGUCUCAAUUCGUGGGAAGCAAGAGGCAAGAUACACAACGUAGAACCCAACAUAGCUUCAGGUAUAUCCCAAAUAGAUCCUCAAUGGAGAAAACACAAUUACGCCUACAGAACCUUGUGGUUUUGUUUUAGAAGUGUUCUAAUACAACAAACUCCACCACCAAAAAAAAGUAUGUCCUCAAAUCAUAUCUGGAUUAGUCAGGCUAUGUUUUUCAGUAAAGUUUUUCAGACACUACCAUCCUCUUCUGGCUCACACCAUUCCCCAGGUUUUUCUUCAAGUCACCUUUUUUCUUAAUGAUGAAAUAAUAGCCAGCUCAAGCACAUAGACAUUUGGAUCACACAUGCUUUAAAUAAUUUAAAAGAAAUCUCACCAAGAGCCCAUGUCUCCUUGUACUUUUGGAGAUGAUGAUGAUGAUGAGUACCAGCGUCAUGGCCCGAUCCCACUUUUUCAGCAGACGGUCAUGGUUUAGCACCUUGCACUGUAUGAGAAGGGAGAGAAGAGAAAGGGAUGUAAACUAACAGUUCAGUGACAUUCGGACUACCUAAUCGUCCUGAUGCAACUGUCACAGCGAGAUAUAGAAGUUCUCAGCUAGAUCUUACUUGGGUCUGAAAAACAGACAUACCGUAUUUCAACUGUAAGACAACAUCAGUUGUAAGAUGUGCCCUAAUGUCAGAACCGCCACCACCAACAAAAAUACAUAGGAUACUAAAAUAGGAAGAAGCAGCACUUAAUGUUUACAAGGGGGCAAAGGGUGUGAUUUCCCUAUGGGUGAGAAGGGCGGGAUAUAAGUAUCGUAAUAAAUAAUAAAAAUAAAUUUCAGGACAGGCUUCAAAAAGUUCAGAGCAAGUUGCGCUGAUGGCACUUGACCUAUUUUGCAGACAUAUUAUUUUACAAAAUGAGGCAUUUAAGAACGUAGUUCUUUCUUCUCCAAGCAUUAACCUUUUUGUUGUUACUGUAUUUCUUCCAUUGUAAGACGCACCCUAAUUUCAGUCUCGCCGCCACCGACAAAAAUAUACAAGAUUCACCCGCAAUUCUUAUUUAUUUAUAAAUAUACUUAUUUAUAUAAGUAUAUUUCUCACCCCAAAGGGGACUCAGAGCAGCUAACAGAAAACACAUACGGCAAAUAUUCAAUGCCGAUUAGACAAUUAACAAGGACAGACAACACAGACAGAAGUAAGGGCAGUUUACCUUUAUUACCUCCUCGCUAAAAGCGGUACCUAUUUUAUCUUUUCAUCUGCCAGGUGAGCUGGGGCUAACAGCGGGUGCUCACCCCGACCUGGGCUUGAACUGCCAACCUUUCAAUCGGCAGGAUUUUUGUGCAGCAUAGCGGUUUAGCCCACCUAAACCAAUAUGUUAGAGAUAUGUUAAAGCACUGAGCUGCUGAACUUGCGGACUGAAAGGUCCCAGGUUCAGAUCCCGGGAGCGGAAUGAGCACCCGCUGUUAGCCCCAGCUCCUGCCAACCUAGCAGUUCGAAAACAUGCAAAAUGUGAGUAGAUCAAUAAGUACUGCUCCAGCAGGAUGGUAAAGGUCAUGCCGGCCACAUGACCUGGAGAUGUCUAUGGACAACGCCGGCUCUUUGGCUUAGAAAUGGAGAUGAGCACCAACCCCCAGUCGGUCACAACUGGACUUAACAUCAGGGGAAACCUUUACUAUAUAGAAAAACUAGCUGUGCCCAGCCACGCGUUGCUGUGGCAAAGUCUGUUGGUAUGGGAAAUAAAGUAUUGAGUAAUUGGUGGUAGUUAGGUAAAGGGUAAAGGUUUUCCCCUGACAUUAAGUUCUGUCGUGUCUGACUGGGGGGUCUCCAUUUCUAAGCUGAAGAGCUGGCGUUGUCCGUAGACUCCUCCAAGGUCAUGUGGCCGUUGGCAUGACUGCAUGGAGCGCUGUUACCUUCCCGCCGGAGCAGUACCUAUUCAUGUACUCUCAUUUGCAUGUUUUUGAACUUUAGGGUUGGCAGAAGCUGCCUAAGUGAGUCCUAACUCUGCCUGUCCCCUGGGCUGAGUGGGUUGCAAGGAGCCCAAGUGGGUGGAGCUUAGCCUUCUAACUGGCAGCAAUUGGAUAAAAACAAUUAUUCCUCUCCCUCUAAUUAGGACUUGAUUUUUCUUUUCUUUUGGUUAUAUCAACCUGGAGGCAUAGAUGAUGGGUUGUGUUGUCAAAUUUUGAGUUUGGGGGGCCUUUAGUUUUGAUGUUUUGUUGGUCGCCGGGAUUCCAUCACUCUUUUAUAUAUAUAGAAGAAAUGUGUCUUAGAAUUGAAGGAAUAUGGCAGUUAACUGGCAUGUUAAAAAGGAGAAUACAACUCGGAGGGAAAGGGAUACAAGGGCAAGAGGAAGCACUACUGCUUCAUCAUCCAAAAGCAAUUUUUGUUCAAAAAGAACUUAGCCACCAAAAAUUUUAAAUAUAUAAAUAUAUAUAUAUAUAAAUAAAGGUCAUGUGUAUGAAAAGAGAAAAUGUAUUUCAAAGUAGCAAAAAAAAAAACAAACCCAUGAAAUAUUUAAAAAAUCCUAGAUCCGAAAAGGAAAACCGAACUCACACGCAGAGAGAGAGAGAGAAAGAGAGAGGCAACUUACGAGGGAGAAUUCUAGCCUUUUGUAAAAUCCAUAUUGCACACUAGGACUAUAAGCCAUUGCUAGCUCAUUUUUGAAUUUAAAAAAAAAUGUGUACUUUCUUUUGUUGUUGUUGUUUCUAACUUUUCUUUUUUCCCUUUCUGUGUUUCGGGGGGUUUGGGGAGGGAGGAAAAGACGUGAUGCUUGAACUACCAAUGCUCUUUUUAAUGUUUUAUAAAUAUGUAUGUGUAUAUAUAUAUAUAAAUAUAAAUAUAAUAUGUAUGCACAUAUAUAUAUGUGUGUGUAUAUAUCUAUAUGUAUAUACCUAUAUAUAUAGAUAUAUAGCUAUAUAUAGGUUUUCAGACAAAAUAAUAAUAAUGAUGAUGAUGAUAAUAAUAAUAAUGCGGGAAGAGAAAAAAAGAAAAUCCUAAAACAGGACGGUGUGCUCUGAUUUUACUUGAAUUUGGUCUCCUCAGCACCUACGUUAUUAAGAACUGAAUAUUUUUCCACUUGAAUUUAGUGCUACUAGAAAUUUAAUAUAUGUGUUUUAUUUAUUUGAUUAUUAUUUUUUUUGUUUGCAUGACUGAUGCAAGGUUUGACAUUUUCACUCAAUAAAAACUGGAAAAAACAAACAAACAAACAAAAAAGCCAA